AUGGGUUCAGUCGUUGAAACUCAAGAGACACGCUCGCUCAUCAAUAUCAUCGACGAUGAUGCUGCAAAAGAGCCAAAUCGUCCGUUCAUUUUCAUCCCACGAUCUAAUCAACCUCAAGAUGGCUGGGAGCCAGUCACCUAUGGACAGAUGGCUAAUGCUGUCAACCAUGUCGCCCACACCAUCAAAGAGAUGGCCGCCAACGAUAUACAGGAAGACAACUUCCCAACCAUUGCCUACAUUGGACCAAAUGAUGUACGAUACAUUAUCAUCAUGCUUGCCUGUAUAAAGGCCAAGUGCAAAGCGUUUUUCACUUCGCCUCGAAACACCAUCGAGGGUCAGCUGUCCCUUUUGGAAGCUACCGAUUGUCACUAUUUCCUCUACGGAGAAGGCUAUCAACCAGUGAUUAAGAAGAUACUUGCACAGAGACAGAUGCACGCUUCUCAAGUGCCGAGUGCCAAGGACUGGAUCACCGCCAAGGCAGACUACUUUCCUUAUCAACACACGGCAUACGAGUCCCGAUGGCAUCCUUGGAUCGCUAUGCAUACAAGCGGUUCAACUGGAAUGCCAAAGCCCAUUGUGCUAAAUCAGGCCAAUAUUCAACUCUGCGGUGCCCUCCGGCACUUUCGUGACGAACGAAAUAACCCUUCUCUAUACGAAGGAUGGGCUUCUCAAGCGUCACGAUUGUUCAACCCAAUGCCUCUAUUUCAUGGUGUUGGAAUUGCUGCCUCUUUAAUGUUUACUGUCUACUACGGCUUGCCUUGCGCAUUAGCUAUUCCUGAGAGGCCAUUGAGCGAAGAUUUGGUCAAAGAAUGUCUGGCCAACUCUGGUGUUGACGCGGCUCUAUUGCCGCCAUCCGUUAUUGACGGCAUGUCACAGACAGAAGACGGUCUCAAAGCGAUAACAAACCUUAAUUUUAUCAGUUAUAGUGGAGGCAACCUUUCAGGUGCCGUGGGGGACAAACUCGUGGCCAAUGGUGCAUUCAUCAUCAACAUGCUAGGAUCCAGCGAGGCUUUCCCCAUGGCCCUGCAAUUUCAGUCAGAUCCCAACCUUUGGCAAUAUUUCAUCUUUAACGCCGACGUUAUGGGGGCAAAAUUGACCCCUACUAUGUGGGAUGGGAUUUAUGGGCUCACGAUUCAACGCAAAGAUCCCUUGGACCCAGGCCUACAGCCUACAUUCUAUAACUUUCCAGACAAACAAGAGUUCGUCACAGGUGACCUAUUCCAGGCUCACGAAACCCUGCCUGAUCACUACAAGUAUUACGGACGAAACGACAACGUCAUUGUCUUCUCCAAUGGAGAGAAGCUCAAUCCUGUGACAAUUGAAGACAUUGUCGUCAGUCAUCCUGCUAUCAAGAAUGUCCUUGUGGUUGGCCAGGAAAGAUUCCAGCCGGCAAUGAUCCUUGAACCUAAAGGUCUGCUGAAAGAUGAUGCCGAAGCGGAGGCCCUGAUUGAUGAUGUUUGGCCCCUUAUUGAGGAAGCAAACCAACACACCGUGGCACAUGGUCAGAUUGUACGAGAACUAGUCGCAGUCUCUGACCCCAAAAUGCCAUUCUUCAUCGCCGGCAAAGGCACUGUGCAAAGGGUUCAAACAGUCAACUUGUACAAAGAGUACAUCGACGGUAUUUAUGACCGCGCUGAAGCCACUCUGAGCAACGCUACCCUCGAUAUCACCAGUCGAGAAGGAUUAGCGUCCUCGAUCCAUGAACUGCUGAGAGACAAGCUCGGAAUUGAGCAGCUUGAGCGGGAUGCCGACUUUUUCGGUAUCGGUAUUGAUUCACUGCAGGUCAUGACUAUCAGCAAGUUGUUAAGAGGCGGCUUGAAGAGGUUUGGAGUCGAAUUUGAUGAGGGUAUAAUCGCCACUCGUGUCAUAUACUCUAACCCUUCGGUCGAUCGCCUUGCAGAAUUUCUCUUCCGAUCCAUAUCUCCUUCUGAUGAACAGGAGAUUUCCGAAAGUUAUCAUGCGCAACAGAUCAAAGACAUGCAGGACAUGGUUGCAAAGUAUACCCAAGACUUGCCAGACCGUAACGCGUCUCAGGUAAACCCCAACGAUGACGAUCAAACAGUAAUUGUAACUGGAUCAACCGGAUCUUUAGGCUCAUACAUAUUGGACCAACUCAUCUCGUCGCCUCGCGUCAGCAAAGUAUACGCACUCAACCGUGGCGGUGAUGGAGGCUUUUCUCGACAAUGUGUCGUGAGCGCAAGCCGCAGCCUUUCACUUGACUUUUCCAAGGUUGAAUUCCUUGGUGUGGAUGUCUCCAAGCCAAAAUUUGGACUCGACGCUGCAAAAUACGCAGAAUUGCUCUCUUCGACUGAUAGAAUUAUUCACAACGCUUGGCCAGUCAACUUCAACAUGAGCAUUGCUUCAUUUGAGCCUUACAUUCGCGGAGUUCGCCACUUUGUUGACUUUGCUGGCGCAGCAUCCAAGAAAGUUGCUUUGGUGUUUGUAUCAAGCAUCGGUACUGCGAUCAACUGGACGGCCAGUCAGCCUGUGCCUGAGCGACGUCUUGAAGACCCGACUUUGGCGGAUCUGGGUUACGGAAUAUCCAAGCUGGCUAGUGGCUGGAUCUUGGAUGCAGCAGUGGAAAAAUCUGGCUUGGCCGCUGCAUCUGUGAGAGUUGGUCAAAUUGCAGGGCCAAAGGAAGGAAAUGGUAUUUGGAACCCACAGGAGUUUGUGCCCAGCUUGAUUGCUAGUUCGCUAUACCUCGGUGUCCUUCCACAGAGACUCGGCAUAUACCAGAAUGUCGACUGGGUUGCAACUGAGGAUGUCGCUGGCAUUCUUAUUGAUCUUGCUGGAAUAUCGAAAUCUGUCCCCAUCUCCGAGAUUAGCGGCUACUUUCAUGCCCAGAAUCCUACAAAGGUGCAAUGGUCCGAAAUGGUUGAAGUCUUGCGAGACUUUUAUGGAGAUCGAAUCAAGGAAGUCGUCAGCCUCGAUAAAUGGGUAUCACUGCUCGAAGCAUCAGCCGCAGAAGGGGGAAAUGUCGACAAGAAUCCAGGAGUCAAACUCAUCGACACAUAUCGGGGUUUGAGCGAAGUGGACAAGAACGGUGUGGCUCCGCUCAGCUUUGCCAUGACGCGUACAGCCUCCAAGAGCAAAACGGCUGCUGCCUUGCAACCUAUCACGCCGGAGCUAAUGCGAAAAUGGUGCGAAGGUUGGAACUUUUGA